GGGAGGGGGGGAUGAGGUCGAGAUGGAAGAAAGGAAGUCGGGAUAGGGAGGGGAGGAAGUCGGGAUGGGGAGAUGGUCAGAGGGUCGGGAUGGGAAGGGGGGAAUCGGGAUGGUGAAGGGAGGGGAGGAAGUCGGGACGGGGAGAUGGUCGGAGUGUCGGGAUGGGGAGGGGGGAAAUGGCGAUCGUGAGGAGAAGGAGCGACGAUGUCCGGAUGCGAUGCGGACUGGGCGGAUGGGGAGGGGGAAGUCGGGAUGCGGAGGGGAGGGGGCGACGAAGUUGGGGUGGAGGGUCGGGAUGGGGAGGAGGAAUGCAGAGAAGGGGGGGGCUACGAGGCCGGGAUGGAGGAGGGGAGAAAUCGGAAUGGAGCGACGAGGUCGGGAUGGAGGAGGGGAGGAAUCGGGAUGGGGCAACGAGAUCGGGAUGCGAGGGAGGGGUCCGGUGGUCGGAAUAGGGAGGGGAGGAAGUCGGGUUGGGGAGAUGGUCGGAGGGUCGGGAUGGGGAGGGGGGGAGUCAGGAUGGUGAAGAGAGGGGAGGCUGUCGGAACGGGGAGAUGGUCGGAGUGUUGAGAUGGGGAGAUGAUCGGGGGGUUUGGGAUGGGGAGGGG